CUGUGCUGAGACGGACAGCUCCACAAGACAGCCCAGACCGUUUUUCGAACCAUCUAGACCUCUUCAUCCCGGUCUCUCACCAACGCCCAAGCUUUGCCUCUCGAGCGCUCUCCACCGCACCAGCUUCCGCUAAGUGCCCCAAUAAGACGAUCCGAUCCAUCUCACAUUGAAUCUGUGCAGAGAGCCACACUCGUUUGGCCAAUUCCUGUCUGCCUUUGUAUCGCCACGUCUGCUCGUUGCAGGCUCCCGCUUUUGUCUGUAGACAUCUGUCCAGUGACCUUCACUACCAGAGCAGCAGAAGUACGUCGAUCAUUAACGAUUCAACCCCCCGGCCUACACCAUUGGCCAGUCAAACCAUCGCAUAACCUAAUUUGCGGUCGACUUCUUUGCGUGAUGCCGCUGGCCUGAGAUGCUGGUCUCAACUCUACGGUAAAACUUGUGGCCACGAUUCCGUCGGCUUCCGCUUCACAUCAGACAAUGCUACCGCUUCUCUCGCCUGCAGAGCUGAGCAGUGGCGCUUGCUCCAACAUCGUCUCUGCCCCCGUGAUGGGUGCUGCUGCUCACCCUAGCCAAGAUGUGAACAGGCCGGAGGGCGAACUGUACUUCAGACCAGCUUCUUUCACUUCGCUCGAGGAUGCGAUGACAAUCAGCGCAAUCCCACCGCCUCCUCCAGCGCCGUCAGACCUGGCGGAGCCGACACCGUACCAGGAGAACCCACCUGACCUGUCAACUGUUGCUUUUGAGCACAUGUUGGGUCUUUCUGGCGUGCCUACGGAGGCCACACAAACCGUCCCCAAACCGACGCGGAAUUUGCGUCUUCCUUCGUUUGACGCGUUAGGUAUCUCGUCACUCUCAACUGUCAAACAAUCCAUCCUUGCAGGUCAAGGUGUCAAUUCGUCCAGUCUUGCACUUCCUAUGCAACAGGACAUACUCCCAUACAUUUCAAGAUCUUCUUCCUCAUAUUCCCCAACAUCCCCACAACCAGCAGUCUUUAGCUCUUUAACGCCGAAUAACACACUUGAAGAAUUAAAAUCAGCCUUUAAAACCGUUCCCAAUUUUGUCCUUACCCAGACACCGCCAGAUGAAGUGCGAGGUCUGGAGUGGGAUCUACCCAAGUCGAAAACCACAGCUAGCGCUGAAGAAAAUCAGACUCUACCAGCGCAGACAUCAUCGUUAAUGUCUUUCGGGGUAGAUUCUGCGCUAAACACAGAGUCGGGUGCGAUCAUGAAUCAAGUCGCGUUCUCGUUGAGAUCGGGUCGUGCGCCUUGGUUGAGUGACGCGUUACGCAUCAUCUUGGAUCUCGUGCAUCAACACCGUGGAUCUGAUGCGAUCAAGAUACUAUCACACGCCUUGCCUUCUCCCUCAGCCAACGGUCAUGCAUUUCCCUUAGUCAUUGACACGAUUCAACAGUGCACGAGCUCGAGCUCAAUCAUGUGGUUAAAUGUUUGGCACGCAGUUUCCGGCCGGUUUAACUUCGAGGAUCUGCCGAAGUCACCUCCAACCACACCCGCGCCUCCUUUUGAAGGCGACGACUAUUUCACACAAAGGGUGUUCGACUACGCCGUUGAAGUACCAGACUAUCAACAGAGAAUCACCGCACAACCGAUGAGGCUCAGACAACAAAGACCUGCGAUAGCCCCAUCAUCUAUCGAUAUCUCGAUUGUUGAGCGCUAUAUUCCUCCUACAAGUUCUGCCGAGUUUGAAGAGCUAUUCACAACCACGGGGCGAUCAUUUUUGUGCGAUCGAAUUGUUGAGCUGUCUCCUUCUAAUGGAACUUUGCUUUUCAUUUACCCAACCAAAUCUGGGGGGGAGACAUUCAAAAAGCGUUACCUGGAACCUAUUCUGGAUCCGACUUUGAGAAGCAUGAUGAUCUCGCAUGGGCUUCCUGUCACGUUGGUCGAGGAUGUCGGGCGAAUGACGGCGAUUCAGCAUCUACUCAGCUUUGAAGACAUGAAAUCGCAACUGCAGACCUUUCUGAACACUUUGAACAAUGGCGGCACGCCAUCCCGUCGAUUUCAUAGGCCAAACGAUUUCUAUUCGCUGAUGUACGCCCAGCCGCAGAAGGUACAUCUCGAACGGGACGUCUGGGCACGGGAUUGGUGGAACAAGCAGGAAAAGCUCCGAAUUCAAAGAGCAUUUGAAUCUCACGACGUCCAAAGCGCCAACGUAAAUCGACAAGUGGGUGUGUUCCAAGCGUCUGCUCACCUAGCAACAGCAAGACGAGAAACUGAACAAGCUGCACAAUCGGCACAAUCCAAGUUGAUCCAGCGAGCACAAACUCAAUCUCUGCUCCGAGAUGCAGAACGCACGCAAGGUGAAAGACAGCCUGGCCAUAACGAGGAGAUGAUCCUACGGCUCUUGCAGCAAGUCGCCACGAAAGAGUAUAGGGAUGGCCCGCCGACUGUAGGUUUAGAAGUGGGUGUUUUUGUGAUUCGGAAGACCGCGCGAACAUCUGUGCUCGCGUGAUUGGCAUUUUGUGGAGCGCAAGAAACCCGGAGGAUUGAACGAGCUCUACGAUUCUAGGCGUUUAUUCAAGAGGUUCGGCACGUUUGGCGCUUUGCAUCUUCUUUGCAAGCCGAUUCACUCUUAUAUACCCCAUAAAAUGAGGCAUAGCAACGGUUCGUCUGAUGUUACAUUUUUGUUGACUUACGCAGAGCUUUGGGUGGAUAUCUGCUGAGUUGAGUAAUCAUGGAGCAGGUUGAAAAGUAAUGGUGUUACCAGAGAUGGGCUGGUCUUGCAACCUUGCAUACAUAUUUAUUCUAUUAAUUUUCUUUCAGACGUAGUUUGGGAUGACAAAUGUUCUUUUCUACAAAUUUAUAUUGUUAUGGUCCCCAGCUUGGGACCUUCUGAGGCAUCCGAAGGUGAGCUCUACACAUUCUUGCCCUCUUGCUCCAGACACGUAACCUUGAGAAUGAGGCAUAUAUGAAAUUGCUGUGUUCAUGAGCUUCUCGUCUCCACGCCUUGUUGGAAAUUAAACUGCCC